AUGGAAUACGAGGCUUUUGAAGACAUCGAGGAGGCUGACUCGCUCCGGGUCGUCAAAGACUUGGUCGCUGGUGCUACGGGCGGAGUUGCGCAGGUCCUGCUGGGUCAACCUUUCGAUAUCGUGAAGGUGCGCUUGCAGACGACAAGCCAGUACAAGAGCGCGCUGGAUGCUGCGACCCAGAUCUUCAAGAAAGAAGGCCCCACGGCAUUCUACAAGGGAACUCUGACUCCUUUGAUCGGAAUUGGUGCUUGUGUCAGCGUGCAAUUCGGCGCAUACCACGCCGCCCGCCGCCGUCUGGAAGAGCUCAACAAGAAGAAGUACGCCGACGCCACCCUUUCGUAUGGCCAGUACUGGCUCGCCGGUUCGUUUGCAGGUAUCACCAACUCGGUGCUUUCCAAUCCCAUCGAGCACGUCCGUAUUCGUCUGCAAGCCCAGCCUCACGGUGCAGGCCGUCUGUACUCCGGUCCCAUUGACUGCAUCAAGAAGCUGGCCGCGCACAAUGGAGUCCUCAAUGGAGUCUUCCGUGGCCAGGCCGUGACCAUUCUGCGCGAGGCCCAAGCCUACGGUUGCUGGUUUGCUGCGUUCGAGUUCAUGAUGAACCAAGACGCCAAGCGCAACAACAUCAAGCGCGAGGAUAUCUCCCCUGUCAAGGUGGCCACCUACGGUGGUCUUGCUGGUGAGGCGCUGUGGUUGUCUAGUUACCCGUUCGAUGUGGUCAAGAGUAAGAUGCAAACCGACGGGUUCGGGAAGGACCAGAAGUACAACAGCAUGCGUGACUGCUUCAAGAAGACCUACGCGAUCGAGGGCUUGGGUGGUUUCUGGAAGGGCAUCGGCCCGACUUUGCUGAGGGCUAUGCCCGUCUCCGCUGGAACUUUUGUUGUUGUUGAACUUACCAUGAAGGCCCUGGGCUAA